AUGAAACGCCAACUCAGAAAGGAACGCAAAGAGCGUGAACGACGUGAAAUGAUGGCACGCUCAGGUGAUGUUGACCAGGGAGCAAUUUCUCAGGAUAACACAAACUUUGAUUCACUUGACGAUGAAGAUGGUGAAACUCCAAUUGGUGGAGAUGAGGUGGAUGAUGUUGACAUAAACGACCUUCGAUAUGAUAUUGAUAACCCAGCUAUUGAACAAUACGUAUUGAGUGGAAAUUCUAAUGAUAUAAAUGUUUAUGAUGAGAAUAUCAAUUUUGAAGAACAAAUUUGA